AUGACCCCCUCAAAUCAUUCUCGCAGCUCGUCGGAUGAGUCGACCAGCUCGUCCAUGGCCUACAUCCUCGAGCACGUGCUGCAGUAUCCCGGCAGCUACGACAUCCCGCUCAAGACCAUGUACGAGCUCAACCGUGUCGACCGCGCCCAGCCCUUCCCCAAAGGCCUCAGCAAGUCGCCUAGCGGCUCGCCCAUUACCGGAUCAUUCGCAUGGAGCAGCACCGAAGCCGCCACCAUGAGCUUCACAUCGUCUCUCAUGAACCAAUUAAAGGCGCUGCCCACGCGAACUAGCGCGCUCCCACCCGCCUUCAUCGUCAACUUUGUCACCCGCACCUUCAUGCCCGAGCCCGCCGACGUCGACUGGAGCCAAGCCCUCACCGCACUAGACUAUCUCAAGGAUCUGGAGACGCGGAGGCGUCGGGAGAUGGCUACAGCAUUUGAGGCGCUCGACGUGCACAGGGACACCUGGGAUGCUGACAUGGCCUGUGUGGCGGAAAAGGCACCCGGCAUCGCUCUUUGGAUCAACAACCUUGAGGGCAAGAACCGAAAAGCUGAAUCGUAUUACGCGCAGAUUUGGGUGGGGCUUCGCCGUUGGAUCAUGAUCAACCACCUCUCAGACGACGAGUUCAACAAGCUCAACUGCAUCAGCUACCUCAACACUCUGUUUCCCCCCGUCCAUGGCCAAACUCAGCUUCCCUCGCAGUACUUGAACCAUGAAGCUCUGAAGGAAGAACGUCAGAUCUUCUUUGACAUGAUCAGCCAAGUGCAGAAGAAGGGGCCAGAUGUCCUACUACCCUUGAUCAACCGGGACAAGCGCCCAGAGGAUCGGACCGGAUGGCCAUCUGUCCAGCGUAUCGUCGACAAGUAUCUCCGCGUUGCACAGAACAUGAUUCAAGACUGCAUGUCGACCCACGGACCGGAGUCAUUCGACCGCUACAUGAACGGCCUAGGAAAAGACAAGAAGCACGACUCUGGUGUCAGUUUUGGCUCCGAACGUAGGCCCAGCCUAGUCGCCAGUGUCCAUGAGAAGCAAGCACCUGAGCCCAUGCAGCACUACGCACCAUCGACCAAGGGCCUCAGCAAGCUGGAGAGGAUCACCCGCGAGUUCAAGCGCAUGCGGGUCAAGCCCCGACCAGAAGUUGAAGAGAUUACGCAAUUCAACCCUCACCCAAGCGAGCCGGCGGGAAAGAAAUCGCUUAAGAAGGCCCGAUCAUUAGCCAGUAUCAAGUUUGGCAACGGCAGCUCAGCAUCCCUCGCCAGCCGGAAGGCCAGCGACGCGGCCUUUGACGCCGACCAGAUGAAGAAGCAUCGCCUGAUGUACGAGUCUUCACACAGCCGCAACACCAGCGCCCAAACAUGA